AACACGGACUUCUCCUGAAGCACUCACAAAGUUUGCUAAGCUUAAAAACGCCUCACCGUGCAGCCAGGCAGACCUCCCUCUCUGCGGACCACUACCGGAGCCUCUAGAGGUGAUAACAGCCUGUGGCACAAAGAAAAGGCACCGUUACGCACGGAAAGAGCGCAAUCCAGGACGCGGGAUCUUCCGUCUGCAGUGAAAAAAUGAAGCCUCAGUUAUUUGCCGUAGAUCUAAUAUUUCUGUGCAUAUCAUGCGGAGCAAGUGCAUUGGCAACGACGUUUCCUGGUGUGUCCACGUUCUCUCCAGACGCCAAUUUUACCAGUUUUGGCGCAGACCGUGGAACAGACGCCACGACUCUUUCUAAAAGCAGGAGGAAGCGUUAUAUCAGUCAGAAUGACAUGCUCGCCAUUCUUGAUUACCACAACAAAGUGAGAGGGAAGGUGUUUCCCCCUGCGUCCAACAUGGAAUACAUGGUGUGGGACGAGUCUCUGGCCAAGACGUCAGAGGACUGGGCCCAAGCCUGCCUGUGGGAGCACGGGCCGCCGCACCUCCUCAGGUUCCUGGGUCAAAACCUCUCCGUCAGGACAGGACGCUAUCGAUCCAUUCUCCAGCUGGUGAAGCCGUGGUACGAUGAGGUGAAAGAUUACUCAUUUCCGUAUCCCCGUGACUGCAACCCCCGCUGCCCUCUCAGAUGCUAUGGACCCAUGUGUACCCAUUACACGCAGAUGGUGUGGGCAACCUCCAAUAAAGUUGGCUGUGCCGUCCACACGUGCCACAAUAUGAAUGUUUGGGGCUCAGUGUGGAAGCGGGCAACUUAUUUAGUCUGCAACUAUUCACCCAAGGGGAACUGGAUUGGAGAGGCCCCCUACAAAGUGGGCGUGCCCUGCUCCGCCUGCCCCCCCAGCUACGGGGGCUCCUGCAGCAACAACAUGUGCUUCCCUGCCCUCAAGACAAACUACCUGCACUGGUUCAAAUAAGCACAGGUCUCCUUUUUGAAAACAAGCUGACAACCCACAGUACCACAAAGACAUUGUUUUCAAUCCCUUAAGGAUUUGCACAACAGUCGUGGACCACACUAUUUUGUAUAUAUGGGCUUAUUUAAAUACACAGACAUACAAUUUUUUUUUUAAGGCAGCAGACAAUUAAGCUUUGGUGACUUGUAAAUAAGGUGUAAAUUAAUUUGUUGCGAUUUGAUGAAAUAUAAUUUAUAUGUUCACAGUACACACUUUUGUUGUUUGACAAUGUGGUAAUUGAGGACAUGACACCAUCAUAGCUGCUCAUACCUGCUCACUCUGGUGCUACAGGCAUCACACCUUCCCGCUGUGUGCUCUGCCUUCACAGGAAUGCUGUGACACACACACAUCAAAGCCUCUGACCUCAGAGGGAAAGACCGACUCUGGUGGCGUCGGCUCGGUCGACCCUGCAGUAGGUUGCGAACUUCAUUCUCGAGUUCAGCGCAGUCUCCAUUUUCACGAGAUCGGGAGCCAAUCGGCAAAAGUUCUUUCAUUGACAGAAUUGCACUUACACUGUAACCUAAACGGAAAAACGGAAAAAAGGAAUACACGUCACCACAUUUAGAAAUAUUUACUUUUUCCAUUUACACAGUGAAUUUGCAGCUUUAAUCUGCACUGAUUCACUUGAGUUUCAUCACAUUUAAUUCUUUUUCACACAUAUAUUUCAAAUAAUACACGACAGAGAGCACAUACAAUAAAUCUGACCCACAUAUCUUGUCUAUGAUCGUAUUUGUUACAGACUAUAUUGGUAAACUGUAUAUAUACAUGAAUGUCUUAUAGUGGACAAAUGCAGUGUUUGUAUGUUGUAAUGAUCUUUUCACUGAUGUUGUAGCAAUGGUUUCUUUUGUAGUUAGGCACUCAAGUGCACCUUAAUUGUUUGCAGCUUUUCCAAAGUACUGGGAAAUGAUCGUUUGUUUUGUACAUGUUGAUAAUCAAUACACCUCCUUAAACUUCAAGUACUCUAUAAGUUAUUCAUUUUUAUAUGGGAAUGUAUUUUUGUGUAAUGUAAGGAUUGUACAUAUAUGUAUACAAUUUACUGAAUACAGUUCAUUCAACUAUUAUAAUGGUGUGAAUGAGCUGCGGUAGAUCUAUAUGAACGAAGCACUAGCGUAAUAUCCACAGGUGGUUUUCAUGGACCAUUCCCAACUCUCCGAAUCAGAAUUACUUUUCAAAUCAGGACAGUUUCUCAGUAAUCUGAGAGGGAUUCAAGCACACGCCUGCAGUGUGAUGAGAACAUGUUCAAGAAGACACAAAGAUGUUGAUUUAAAGGAAACUUGCUCGAAUGCAUUACAAAAAACAGGAAAUUACCAUUUUC